AUGGAUGUAUACAAAGUCUUGAAGGUGGAGAGCCCAGCGACACUCAUGCAGCUUCCACGCCGUCUUAGUGGUGACAGCCUUGGCCAUGGCUCGGCUCGGCUCGGCCGCUCAGAUAGACAGGGUAGAAAGCGUCUUCCUCUGACCGGGGAGCUGGCAAGCCCCAGGCGAGGGGCUGCCCUCCGUCUCAAGAGGAGCCUGAACUCCUGCCUGCCAAACCCAUGUCAGCACCAGGGGCACUGCCAGCUGAUGGAGGACAGACCCGUUUGCAGCUGCAGACCAGGCUUCGCAGGGGCAUUCUGCCAAGAUGUGGUACUGAAGUUGGCCUGUGAGGAAGAGCACAUGAAGAUGAUGGUGAGGAAGGAGGCGUUUGAACUCCUGAAGAUCCCCCGGCGGCUUGUCCACUUGAGGAACCAGGCAUGCAAGGUCUCAGAAAGGGAAGAAGAGGGUGAGCUGUUUUUUGCAGCCACUCUCACAGGUGAAAACCACACUGCUUGUGGAUCAGUAAUUCAGCAAAACAGCUCCCACGUGUCGUACUCCAAUGUCAUGGAGUCAGAGCGGGAAGCGCAUGGGGCAGCAAUCUCCCGGAGUUUUCAGCUUGAGGUGCAUUUCUCCUGUGUCUACGCCUACGAGCAGGUGGUGAGGCUGCCCUUCACUGUCACUGCUGUUGACAAGCUGGUGCAGUUCGUGGUCAGAGAAGGACACUUCAACGUCAGCAUGAGACUGUACAAGACCCCCUCCUACCUCCAGCCCUAUCACCUGCCGGCUGUGGCUGUCCCUGUCACAGACACACUCUAUGUUCUGCUGAAGAUAGAAGGACAGCACCAGAUCAAGUACUUCCUGCUGAGUGUUGAGGACUGCUGGGCCACGCCGAGCGCAGAUCCCUACCAGGACGUGCAGCACAAGCUUAUUGAGAAGGGGUGUCCCCAUGAUGAGACAGUGACAUACCUGAACAGCUUUGGAGAGAGAACUACCGCCAAGUUCAGCUUCCAGAUGUUCCAGUUUGUCGGUUACCCCGAGGUGUUCCUGCACUGUCGUGUCCAGCUCUGUCUCCCCAACGGCCCAGAGCCCUGUGCCAAGCAGUGCCCCAGGCACCGGUGGAGCAAGCGGGCACUGGCCAAUGACUACAAUAAGAUUGUCUCCUAUGGGCCCAUCCACCUGCUGGCUGCUCCUUCCUUGGGAGCAGAGACCCACCAUUCCCGGACUGACCAACAUGACCUGGGGGGACCCAACCCAUGGCUCCCUGGGGCCCUCCUCCUGCUGUGUGCUCUCAGUUUGCUCACUGUGGCUGUGGUGGCUGUUGGCGUGAGGCGUCGGGCAGCGUAG